UGGAAAAUCUAUACUUACCUGAAAUAUGCCCCUGGGGGCGAUCUGAGUGAACUUCUGAAUCGGCAUAGACGAGCAAAAAAGCAAGUUCUCAACGAUGUAGCCAUUCCUUAGCCAGUGAGCUGACAGCUAGUACAGGCGGAUCCCGGAGCCAUUCAUCUGGCACGCGUUCGACUCUAUGAUCGACGCUCUCUGGACGAUGAACUACGGGGAGUGCUACAAGAACCUAGAGACAGAGCGAAUCAAAGUCAAAAAAGAGGGUGACAUUCCUCCGGACAGGAGACCCAAGCCAAGCGAGCUUUUCGAAGGCGCCGACGACAACUGGGAGCACAUUCUUCAUUUGGACCUCAAACCCGCGAACGUCUUCCUCGCAGACCCGUUUUCUGACUUCAGGGCGUAUCAAGUCGCUCAGAUUGGUGACUUCGACUUGUCGUACCAGGUGCCGCUAGGCCAGGAAAAUGAGAUGGAGGAUUGGAACACAAGUCCUUUAAAUCUACGUGAUAGGAGAUUUGCUGGAACAAAGGGAUGGAAGGCUCCAGUGUGUCAUGCAAAAGCUCCAGAUUUGAAAGUCUUCUGCUAACGAAUUCUAGGAAAAAAAGACGCUCAACUAUGCAAAUAAUACGGAAACUAAAGCUCACGUGUCAUGGAUCCCGAACGAGGAGUCCGACAUAUGGGUUAUUGGCCAAAUCGUCUGGUCUCUUAUGCAUUGCGAUACCGAGAGCGAGGUAAUCCUGGAUGGACAUCAUGAGUAUCUUACAGGGCGAAAAACUCUGUAUACCAUGGAUGCGCGGGAGAAGGCCUUC